GCUGUGAUGUUGUAGGCAUCGAAUGUGGAGGAGCCGAGAAGCGACGAGGGCGUUGCGGUGGGUGGUCAAAACGCUGAAGGGGUGUGGAGAGGUGCGGAGUCGAGAAAUGCAGAGAGGCCGCUGUCUGAGUUGGAGGUGAAGGCGAUUGUGGCGGCGGAGGAGGCACGGGCUGCAGCGGCUGCAGCUGCAGAGGCGUACGCACAAGUGGAGGCUCAGCGAAAGGCUCUUCCGGAGCUGCCAAAGAUCUUGUCGUUUCAUAGGUUUGCAAAGCGCGAGAAGGAGGAUAGUAUGGACUGGAAGACGAGAAGCUGGCUGGGGAUGGGUGAGAAUCCUGCAGGCUCCAGCGCAGGCGCAGGUCCAGCAGGUUUGGAGCAGAGAGUGGCACAAGAGAACAGCUGUGUGUGGUCUGAGCAGGGGAAUGGGGGUGAUGGUACGGGCGGAGUGCAUCAAAGUACACCAAGCGAGCAGGGCGAUGGGUCGGUUUCGGGUGUGCCGGCGUCAAUGGUGGCUAGUAGCGACACGAAUGGGCACGCGGAGACUCAGGCGGAUGGAACGGGAAGGAGCGGAGAUGUUGGGAAAGCGGCGGAAGAUGUUGUGUUGAGUAGCAGUUGUGCGAGAAUGGAAUCGUUAGGCACAGGAGAGGAGGAGGGUGGUUGUGGAACGGAGGCUGCGGCAGGUAGGGUGGAGGGCGCAAGCACAGCGUGUCCAGAUGUGGGUGGUGCGGAGGCAAGUGCGGCCCCUGCAGAGAAGCGGGGAGGGGCGGACGCAAUCAAGAAGGCGGUGUCAGACUACGUGGUUCAGCUGUUGACCCCUCUGUAUAAGACGAGGAGGAUACAGAAGGAAGACUUCAAGGCCAUAGUGAAGAAGUCGACUGCGAAGGUGAUGGACCGGAACACUGCAAGGGACAACAGCAUGGACGUCUCUGAGUUUUUGAACAUGAAGCGGAAAGUGAAGAUACGAUCUUUGGUGGAUAUGUUCAUAGAGAAGUAUCUCAAAGGUGAAACACAUUGACGUUGUAAUAUUGGUGCGAGAGUCCGCAUAUUUAAGGAUCAGAUUAUGUUGCGCAGAUUUUUUUAUGAGAGACUGGGAGUUUUAGUAUUUGAGCAAGAGCAUUCUUCAAUCACAUUACUUGUGAUAUUUAUUGUUUGUAGUGGUUUUAUUCAAAUUUGUUACGAGUUACCAGUA